AUGGAUUCUACCAACCUGAAGACGAUUGCCGUGUUUUUUAUCAUCGUCGGUUGUUUCGUUGUUCUCUUUCCCAAACUCUUCUAUCCUUUGGUUUUAACGAUCUUUGGUGCACAUAGGGCGACUGAGAAUGAUCAAAGAGCAGAUUUUUUAAGCCAUUUGUUUGAAUUUCAGUUGGACCCAAGAACUCAUAUUUGUGAUUCACAGUAUCUUGUAGCAAUCCUGUUGUUCGACUAUUAUAAGCAGCCCAAUGAUCUGACCACACAGCAGUAUGUGGCAUUGUACUAUUGGCACGAGUGUUACUGCAUCACUUUGUGCCAUCUUUACAAGAAAUGCUUGUUUUGUGUCUGUAUCAAUGUCCCCAAACACUCACCUUGUGUGACUGUUUUUCGUACGUUUGGCACUCAAGACUGGAGUUUCAUCAAUUUGGACUACAUGCCCUGGCUCACCUGUUCUAAUUGGGUUGUCUCUAGCCCACUCAGUGCAGUCCGGUAA